CUUUUCAGCAUUUCAGGUUUAAAGAUUGUGAUGAUGAAUUAAUCAGUGCUGGAACGAAAAUGGAUGAUAACGAAGAAGUUAGUUCAGCAUCGACAUCAUCGAAUAUGAAGAGAUGCGGCGAAGAAGAAACUACUUCGUUUCCAGAGCUUCUAAACUUCACUUGUAGAGUCGAAACCCUCAUUUCACAACUCUUACUCUUAUCUACUCGCAUUCCUCCUCAUUUCCUCGAUGCUCGAUAUGAUCCAAUACUGUUUGAUCUCAGGUACUUUGAUUCACCUAGUGAAUUUGAAGCAAAAAUUGAUGGAAAUAAAAAAUUGGAAGAACUCGAAGACGAGCUUCGAGAAUCCUGUUCCGAGUAUAUGCAAAGAUUCUUUCAAUUGGUGAGUGGAAUUGUAGUUUACCAUCAACAACUCUUUGAAUAAUUGGAGGAUGAGUUAGGACGACAGUUGAUUACAGAAUCAUUAGCGUUGUUUGGAUGUUUGUUAUUACUUAUGGAACAUCAUAUGAGUGGAUAUUUAAGAGAGAAGUUGCUUGUUGCUUAUCUGCGCCAUAAACGUUCUUUCAGUGUUGGUAAUUUAGAAGGCAUUUGCUUACUUUGUCGUGCUCAUACGGUGACUGCAUUUCGUCCAAUUGAAUCUUCUGUGAUGGUGUCAGUUCAGAAGCCUGAAGAGCUCUUUAUCAGAUUUGCUUUCCCGAAACAAGUUGUGGGUCGUGUUAUUAGUUGCUUAAAGUACUGUGAUUUGUACAACCGUGUAAGGUACUACCCUGAUAGUGAACACCGCUCUGUGGCAUUGGCAUCUCAGGCUGGAUAUAUGUAUGUUAUGUUGUUUUAUUCGGUAGAGAUGCUUCAUGAUGGGGUUGCAAUGCGAGAAAUUGUUGAUCGAUUCUUUAAAGAUUCACUAGUAGUUCCAAUAUAUAUGCAUUUUACUGUGGAUUUGUCAUUGUCUUGGGAUGUGUACAAAGGAGCAAAAUCAUCCCUUUCAUCGUUUCUUCUGCCAUCGUAUAUUGGGGAUCAGAGCCAGCUUCACUAUGUGAAGGUUAAAGACCUCAUGUCCGAGCUAUGUUCAGUUCAGUUAAGUGGUAUGAAAAGCUCAGAUGCCUUGUUAAGUGACUCCCAGUUGCUUUUCUCUUUGCUUAGAAACUGCAACGUUUCCCUGAGGUGGCUUUUGCUCCAUAGAUCUUCGGCUGACAAGAAAACAAAGGAGAUAGCAGUGUCUGCUGGAACUGCUCAUCAGAUCGAGGAAGACGCUCUUUUAUCAUUUCUACUGAAGACGUCCCAAGUUGAAUUUGAGUUAAAACAACUGUAUACUGAGCUUAUUGAGAGCAGAAGAACUCUGUGGGAAGAGAACAAAGGACGCACUUCCCAUUCUAUCCGACAGUUAUCUGAGUAUCUCUUUGGAACUCAAACUUUGUCGCCAAAGAUAAAAGAUGGAAAGUUGAUGGAUGUGUUUAAGAAUAUCUCAAAACAAGUUUAUUCAUUGGACUAUAAGGACAUUGUUAAUUCUGGCAAGAAAUUGUAUCACAUGAUUUCCUCUGUAAGAGAAAUCGAACAACUUGACAAGCUUAAAGAAUGUUUGCAAAUCAAGGAGCGGAUAUCUAUCGUACAGAAGUACUUGCAGAAUAUGCUCCAAGCUCUCAAUUUACAGGAUGAAACAGUCACGACCUUAUCUGUGAUUACAGAUGCUGUCUACUUGUGGGGGUUUCUGGACAAAUUUACUCGUAGAUUGCAGAAGAAAAUCAAACAAGAUUCAUCCGUGGUUCUCAAUUUGCAUUGUUUAUUUCUCAAAUUUCGAACAAUGGUGGAUGCACCCAUUAUCCGGCUUUCACAAAACCAAAGUCCUGACCUUCCAUUUGUCUCUGCGUAUUACUCCUCUGAGUAUGUGGCGCAUAUAAGUGCUAUAUUAGAGAUCAUACCAGUAAUGCUGUUUACAAUACUUAGUGAUGAUGUAGUUUCUACGCUACGUCCGAACUGCCUAGAAAGACGAAUAGAAACAGAUAAUGUUCAGAAUUUUCAGAAGCCAGGUUCACAGUAUCAUUUAACAAAGGCACUUGCUCAAAUAUCCAUAAUCUCUCAGGGAAUAAAAGGAAUCUCUGAAGCUCCCUUUGGGCUCAUGGACCUGAGUGUGAAAAACUGGAUAGAGGACAAACUCCGGAAGGAGCUUUCCAAAAGAUUUAAGGAGGCGUCAAAGUCCUUCCUUGUGUAUCGUAAUGGUGGACUGGAAGAAUUGGAAAAGAACUUGCAGAAAUUAACAACAUAUUUUCUGUCUCAAUUGCAUGUCAUGGAGUGCCUUCAGGAUCUAAUGGAUAUACAAGGAACUCGUCUUUGGGAGGAAGAGUUUUCCUGCUUUUUGAAGCACUCUGCACAGAAAGAAUAUGAUGAUUUUGUAAGUCGACGAGAUAAAAACUCAGCUGUCAUUGUGCCUGUAGAAAUGAACGAGUUCUCAAAUGCACAGACAUUUUUAGGUGAUCUACUGACCCAAAUCCUGAAGCUGACAAAGCCUUCUCUAUCGAUGUAUAUAGAGCCUAUGAGUGGUUGGUUUGAUGCAGAAGGAUGUGAAUUACUGGGCAUGCGUUUCUUUGAGCUAUUGGAAUCAUGUGUAGGACCUGUUGGAAUGGCCAGCUUGGAUUCUCUAUUAGUUAAAAUUAUCACGGAGAACUUGAAGCUUGCAUUCAAGGGUUUGAAAAUUCUGAUGGAUGCAAGAUGCUUGGAACAGAUAGAAAUGUUGAAUACUGCUUUAGGUCCUCCAUCAUCCCUACCUCUAUUCAGAUGGUCUUCUUAUCAGUUUAUGGCUAAGUUGCCGGGCAUGUUAUGGGAGCCAUGGGUUGAAUCUUGUAUUGGCCAACUGCAAAUACUACGAUGUCUGAUCAACUUAAAGCUUAACUCUGCAUGUAAGGUUAAAGCACGGGCUGUGUGUCCAGCUCUUGAUGGUAUAUUUACUUUAGUUUCCUCUCAAAGGGACAAGAUGUUGAUGGCAAGUUGGUGAAAAAGGUUGAGUCAUGAGUGGACUUCUCUACGUAUAUGAGCAUUUCCAGUUCAUUGACUUUAUUUGCAAGUAAAACAGGGCAAUGCCAAGGAGAACUGUGCCACAACAGAACAUUUUCUUCACGAGUUGAGCAAGCAGGGUGCCCUGUGUGGCUUUUGUGUCCCUCUUCGGACAACGUACCUUAUCGAAGACCCCCCUCAUUUUCUGGGUAGAUGUGCGUCCAUGGUAACAAUCUCACAGUUGCCGCGGUACGUGCUGAAUACUCACUUGGGUACUCUAACAAGUCAUCUGAAGACGGUCUCACUCGAUUUUUCUCCUGUAGUCAUCGGUCUCGGAACUUUCCUCAGGCAGUUUCAUCCCUCCUAUCUGAUGGAGUAUGUUCAGUACAUGGGUCAAUAUGUGCGGAUAACCACGGAAACAUGUGGGGCAAAUCAUGAACAUCAGAAAGGAGCUCCUGAUCCAACAUCAGAGGCCUUGAAAUCAGUAUUAUGGAUGAUGUUUUUCUGUAAGCAUAUGGAGAUACCCAAGGACGUGGUAGAUUCAUGUAUACCUCCAUCGCUGAUUGCCGUUCUUCAAGUUUAAGCACACCUUAGCCAAUUUGACGCAUGCUUGGAGUAAUCGCCAGUGACGUGAAAACUUCCACCAAAGAUUCAGAAAAGAUCAAGAACUAGCAAAAGACUGGGAGAUGUGCAAUUUACUCUGUGCUACAUAAAAGAGGAGCAGAAGACUGAGUCUGUUUUGGUUAGCUAGAUGGUUCUAAUGGAUAUUUGAAUGCGCCCUUGAUCAAUCUUGGAUAAUGGUUCAGUUGCUUGCUGUUUGUACUUUGUUAGGUUUUCUUCUUAGUGUUGUUUUAAUUUUUCUUCCUGAGUUUACUCGAUUAGGUUAACAAUCUUCAGGUUUUCUCAUAGUCUGACAAGUGAUGCUACUUCAGAAUUUCCUGCUACUCAUGCAGUUAGUAUUUCGAAUUAAGAAUUCGGUGUUGACAACUUUGACAUCUUUUGAAGUUUCCUACAAAAAACACUACCUUGUGGGAUCUACCAACAUAUGGAUGACGCCACUGCUGAUUUAUUUUUCAUUUCCAGUCA